AUGUCAUCAAAACAAGAACUCAAACCCGACCCAGUCGAAAUUCACCGGAAAAUCGACCUCCUCAUCGAUAAUCUAAUCAACAUCCGCGACGACACGGGCGAAUUCCUCGUCCACCUCAAGAACGGCAAAACAAUCCAAGCGAAAUGCUGGAAUGGGUGGGAGUGGACGCACGGGGUCGGACUAUACGGGAUAUGGAAAAUCUACUCAAUGACCGGCAAAGACUCAUACCUAAAGAUAAUCGAAGACUGGUUCGCCGCGCGCUUUAGCGAGGGUGGAACGAGUAAGAAUAUCAAUACUAUGGCUCCACUUUUGACUCUCUCGUGCGUUUAUGAAAGGACGCGGAAUCCGGCGUAUCUUCCUUGGUUGGAUGCUUGGGCUGAGUGGGCUAUGUAUGAUUUGCCGAGGACGGAGUAUGGUGGUAUGCAGCAUAUUACAUAUGUUGAUGAGAAUGAGCAGGAGCUUUGGGAUGACACGCUUAUGAUGACUGUGAUGCCGUUGGUGAAGAUUGGGAAAUUGUUGGGGCGGGAUGAGUAUAUUGCUGAGGCAAAGAGGCAGUGUUUGGUUCAUGUGAAGUAUCUUUUUGAUACGAGGAGUGGUCUUUUCUUUCAUGGGUGGAAAUUCACGGAUAAGACUGGUGGUCAUAAUUUUGCUGAUGCGCGCUGGGCGAGGGGGAAUAGUUGGUGUACGAUGGUUAUUCCGGAGAUUCUGGAAUUGCUGGAUUUGGAUGUUGAUGAUCCUUUGAGAUGCCAUUUGUGUGAAACGCUUGAGGCUCAGUGCGAGGCUUUGAAACGCCUUCAGUCGGACUCUGGUGCUUGGCAUACUCUGCUUGAUCAUGAGGAUUCGUACCUUGAAGCUUCUGCCACUGCUGGAUUUGCAUAUGGUAUAUUGAAGGCCGUGCGACGACGUUAUAUUGGGGAUAAAUAUCGUGAUGUUGGACGGAGGGCUAUACAGUCUGUUCUGGGAGAUGUGGAUGAACAGGGCGAGCUGAGGAAUACUAGUUAUGGCACGCCUAUGGGUCAUAAUCUGCAGUUCUAUAAGGAUAUCCCGAUUACUUCCAUGCCAUAUGGCCAGGCGAUGGCAAUUAUGGCUCUUGCGGAGUAUCUGUGGACGUUCCUGUGA